AAUCGGCAAUCUCCCUUUUUACUUGUUUUAUUUCUGCAAUAAAAAAAAAAUGGCUGCUGCUGUAGCUCAACGGCCUUUACAUGGGAAUAGAUUUAUUGAAGAUAAUAAUAAUGACAGCAGUGAGCUAUUGAACGCAUCCUCCAUUGGUCACGUGGAGACAGUUAAGUUACUUAUACAAAAAGGAGCAAAAGUAAACCUUAAAGACCAUAACGGGUUCACGGCUUUAAUGCUAUCCGUUCAAAAUGGUCACGUUAAGAUCGUAAAACUUUUACUUGAAGCAGGCGCAUGCGUGAAUGAAAAAGAUGGAGAAGGUCGGACAACAUUGAUGACAGCGUCUCGAAAAGGAAAUUUUGAAAUAGUGGAGCUUUUAUUAAAUAACAGAGCUUGUCCUGAUGAAAAAUGUAACGAAGGCUCAACAGCGCUAAUCUUAGCUUCAUAUUAUGGGCAUGCAAACAUUGUUGAAAGGCUUACUACUUCUGAUACCAAUGUAGACUUGGAGAAUGCUCAAGGAUGGACAGCUCUAAUGAAAGCUUGUCUUAAAGGCAACUGUAUCAUCGUGAAACAUCUCAUAGACCGUGGCGCCUCUGUAAAUGCGAAGAACAACAUUGGCAGGACAGCACUGAUGAUCGCGUCAGAGUACGCUCAGACCACAACUAUCCAACCACUGACAUCAUCAGGCGCUAUUGUUGAUGACAAGGACAGAGAUGGAUUGACAGCUUUGAUGAUCGCCUGCCAGAAAGGACAUGUCGAAACAGUGGAGGCUUUGAUAAAGGCCAAAACAAAUGUGAAUGAAGCACAAAACGACGGCACCACAGCUCUGAUGAUAGCAGUUCUACACAACUACCUUGAUGUCGUAAAUCUACUUUUAAACAACGAAGCUAAAGUUAACCAAACAGAUCAUUGUUCUGUAAAUGCACUGAUGAUAGCGGCUGAGAACGGCUAUCCCGAGAUUGCCAGGGCACUAAUUCAGUUUGGUGCUGAUGUAAACCAAAAAGACAGUGAUGGCGGAUCAGCUUAUUACAGAACUGUAAUGAAUAAUCAUACAGAAGUAAUGAUUGCACUUCUAGAGAAAGAAGUCGAUGUCAAUGAAAAAUUUGUGGACACACCAAGCAGGAUAGUGAAAAGGAGACCGUGCGCAACACCAAAGCUGAGAGAACCUACUUUUUGUCAGCCCAGAUACUGUACAAUUCAUGCUACUCAAGUAAAUGUUCAACAUUCCCAGUACACAGUCAUCGGAGAUGAAGGACAGAUUAAUAUACAGAAGUAUUGGGAAAAUUGGGUCAAGUCUCCUCAAGAGCAGAUACUGACCACUUUGCUAAUGGAAACUAAUCCAGACAACAAACCAUCUUUAAAGGAAGUGGAACCAUCUUGUAGUAAUAUAACUGAAGGUAAAAGUACAGCCUUAAUGUGUGCUGUCAAACUUGGACAUCUCAAAACUGUUCGUCUUCUUCUUAAAUUUAAUGCAAACAUCGAUGAACAGAAUUCAGAAGGACAAACUGCUUUAAUGUUGGCAGCACAAAACGGGCAUCUUGAGAUUGUCAAGUCCCUUCUGCAAUCACGAGCUAAUUUUCAAUUGAAAAACUCUGAUGGCGACACAGCGUUAACAUUAGCUUCUAAAAAUGGCCAUUUAAACAUUGUUGAUAUUCUCACAGAUCAUUUUGGCAGACUUUUAUCAGCAAGUGAUGAAAACAAAGAAAAUCUAGCUGGUGACAUUCAGUUUCCUAAAGACACAGAUCGUAAAGCUAAAGAACUAAUACAAGCAUCUGUAAAUGGAGAUACUAAUACAAUCAAGACAUUACUACAGAAAGGUGUAGACAUCAAUAUACAAAAUGAAGAUGGUCAGACAGCUCUCCAGGUAGCUUCUCAAAAUGGUCACCUGGAAACUGUAAAGUGUUUAAUUGAAUCUCAAGCAAAUGUAAAUAUUAAAGAUAAAUAUGGAUAUAACGCACUUACGGUAGCCUGUACAAAUGGAUAUCAGGAUAUAGUUCAACUACUUCUAUCUAUGACUGUUAAUGUUGAUGAUGAAACACAAGACGGCUGUACAGCGCUCAUGAUGGCAUCCCAGCAUGGACAUUUUAAUGUUGUUAAUCAGCUUUUAGAUUCUGGAGCUAGUGUAAAUAUUGUGAAUAAUGAUGGAUUUUCUGCAUUUUUAACAGCUUCUAAAUACGGUCAUAUCGAAGUGUUAGAUCUUUUCCUCAAACGAAGUGAUGUUAAACAAAGCACUAAAGAUGGAUUUACUGCACUUAUCGUAGCGUCUGAAAAUGGGCACACUGAUAUAGUUAAAAAAUUACUGGACACAGGAUCAGACGUGAAUGCAAAAUGUAAUCAGGGCUGGUCAGCACUUCAUGUAGCUGUUCAAAACGGACACACUGAUAUUGUUGACCUCUUGUUACAAAAUAAUGCAAAAAUUAAUGAUAAUGACCAAUUAAGUUGGACACCACUGAUCACCGCAGCCAAACAAAACCUGACUGAUAUUGUAAAUUUACUUUUAAAAUAUGACGUUGAUGUCAAUAGAACAACAAACACUGGUUUGACAGCAUUAAUGGUUGCAUCACGAAAAGGUCAUUUUGAAAUCGUGAAAAGUCUUUUGCAAUCUGGUGCUGACACCAAUUUAAAAACUCAAGAAGGAUGGACAGCUCUGAUGUUUGCAUCUUUAAAUAGUCACACUGAAACUGUCAAAGAACUUAUUGCACAUGAAGCAAAUGUCCAUGAAAAAAAUCAAGAUGGCUGGACAGCCCUUAUGAUAGCUAUUGAAAAGAAACAUUGUGAUGUCAUAAAAACCUUAUUAAACUCUAAUGCUAAUGUGAAUUGUAAUGAAAGACAUGGGUGGACUCCUCUUAUGUUAGCGUCUCGCCAUGGACUCACUGACAUUGUUGAAAUAAUGAUAAAAUGCAAAACAAACUUAAAUGAUGUCAAUGAUGAAGGACUGACAGCACUAAUGUUAGCAACUCUUAAUGGACAUGUGGACACUGUGAAGCUUUUGCUACAAUUUGGAUCAUAUGUGAAUUUAAGUAAUUAUGAUGGAUGGACUGCAUUGAUGUUAGCAUCUGAAAAGGGAUAUACGAAUAUUGUUCAAUAUUUACUAAUGUCUAAAGCUGAUGUUAAUUCAAAGGACAACCUUGGUAGAACAGCAUUAAUGAUAGCAUCAUUUAGAGGUAACAAUGAUGUUAUAAAAUUACUUCUUGAGGCCCAAGCUUAUGUUAGUGAUCAGGAUUUUAAUGGAUGGACACCUUUAAUGUUUGCUUCAUAUAAUAAUUACACAGAAACAUGCAAACUUCUUAUAGAAAGAGCUGCCAAGGGGAGUAAUGAAGGUAUGAAAUCGGAUGACAUAUUGGAUGAAUAUAUAUUGUGUCACGAAAUUUCACAGUCAAAUUUCAUUUUAACAGUCAUGAAUACGUCUGUAGAACAUGAAAUCCAUGAAGGCUGGACUGCACUAAUGAAAGCUUCUCAAACCGGCAAUGAGAAAAUGAUUGCACUGCUCCUUAAGUUUCAAGCCAGUGUCAAUGAAAAGAAUGCUGCUGGAAAAACUGCUCUAUUUCUAGCCUGUGAAAGUGGACACGUGGAAGCAGUACGGCUGCUCUUAACUAAUCAAGCAAACGUUAAUGUCCAAGAUCAAAACAAGAUGACGUCACUAAUGAUAGCCGCAGAGAAGGGACAUGAAGAUAUAGUUAAAUUACUUUUAGAGGCAGGAGCCAACGUUAACGAAAGAGGACCAUACGGCAAUACAGCUUUAAUGUUGGCAUCGAAAUUUGGAAGAACUAGUAUUGUUCAGUAUCUGUUAGAAUGUAAAGCGAUUCUUACGUUUCAAAAUUCUUUUGGGAGAAGUGCACUUAUAAUGGCAGCUUCGCACAGACAUAAAGAAAUAGUUGAAUUAUUACUGUUACAUCAAGCUUAUGUAAAUGAUAAGGAUCAGAAAGGCUUAACGCCUCUUAUGAUUGCAACUGAAAAUGGAGACAAAGACAUUGUCCAAUUACUCUUAGAAAAUGAAGCUGAUGUAAACCUACAUGAUUAUUCUGGAAAAACAGCUUUAAUUAUUGCAACUGAACAUAGAUAUACAGACUUGAUUAAAUUACUUUUAGAGUACAAAGGUAAUAUUGAAGAGAAAGAUUACCAGGGCAAUACAGCCUUUAUUAUCGCACUGACGCAAGGACAUUAUGAUAUAGCUGAAAUCUUUGUAGAACAUGGAGCCACAAUUAAUUCUGAGGUUUGGCAUGUGUUAAGAAAUCGGGACACUGACUUGUCUAGCUCAUUAACAUAUUAUAAAGAAAGCGUACAUGCUCGUGAACCAUAUGUAUUUAUAGAGUUAUUGAGAACUUCAAAAUGUAAGAAAAAGGAAAUGGAACAGUACAUUAGUAGUUAUUAUGUUCAAAGACUAAUUGGAAUUGGAUGUACAACUCUAAUGGUAUCUGUCCUGUUUAGAGAUAAAGACACUGUCAGAUUACUUUUAGCUAAACAAGUUGAUUUGACAUUGAAAAACGCAAAUGCUUCUUUAAUAAUAGCAACUGUAAUCGGAGACCCAGAAAUUGUUAAAUUAUUUUUAGACUCUCAAGCUCAAUUGAAUAAAAAUGACAGUGAAUGUCUAACUGCUCUGGAUGAACACAAAAAUGUUUUGAACUUCAAAGAACAAUGUGAUGAUGAUAUAAGAGAAGUGUUAGAAACAGCUGCAAAAGGACACUUAGAAAUAAUAAAAUUAAUGUUAGAUAAGCCUAUUAAUAUUGAAAAAAUAUGUAAAUCUUGUGGAACAGCUUUACACAUUGCAGCUCAGACUGGACAAACUGAAAUUAUUCAAUUACUUUUAGACCACCAGGCUAAUGUUAAUGCCAAAAACUCUAGAGGCUUGACACCACUUAUGGUGGCUACCGAAAAGAGAAACAUCGAUGUUGUGAAAUUACUUUUAGAUUAUCAAGCCAAUGUAAACCUACACGAUCAUUUAGGAACACCAGCGUUACUAAUAGCAUCUGAACGUGGGUACAUUAAUAUUGAUGAAAGAGACUCUAGUCACUGCACAGCAUUGAUGAUCGCAGUUCGCAGUAAACAAUAUGACAUAGCAAAACUUCUUUUAGAUCAUGGAGCUACAAUAAACUCAGCCAUAUUGCUUGCUUUGAAAAUUCAUAAUCUAAACAUGUGUCUAUUUCUAUGGGAUUAUCAGGAAAAUGUUGAUUCUGAAAAACAGAAUGUAUUAAUAGAGUUAUUAAGAACAUCUCAAUUUAAAAAAAAAGAAAUAAUGCAACUUUAUUUUGAUAGUGAAUUAAUUCUUAGUUUAAUUGAAAAUGGAUGUACCGCUUUAAUGAUUUCAGUUAGAGUUGGAGACAUAGACACUGUCAGAUUACUUUUAGAUAAAAAUGCUGAUGUCAGUGUGAAAAACCUUAAAAAUGAAACAGCCCUUGGUUUGGCUUGUAUAAAUGGACACAUGGAAAUACUGAAAUUACUUCUAAAUUAUAAAGCCAACAUUGAUCAAAGCAUUGAUGCUAAUAGCAACACAGCGCUUAUGAUAGCAUCACAAAAUGGGAACUGGGAAAUGGUUGAACUACUUUUAAAAUAUAAAGCAAACAUUGAUGCACAAAAUAAUGAUAUGGAAACAGCACUUAUAAUAGCAGUAGAAAAUGUAAAACUAAAAAUAGUUCAAAAACUUCUAGAUUGUAAAGCUGAUGUAAAUAUAAAAAACAGAAAAGGUGAAACUAGUUUGUUGAUAGCAUCUGGUACUGGAAACCUAAAAAUAGUUCAAUCGCUCUUACACCACCAAGCUAAUGUUAAUGAGAAAGACAAUAAAUGUGUUACUCCACUAAUGAGAGCAUAUUUAAAAGGGCACUAUGAAAUAGUUCAACUACUUUUAGAUAAUCAGUGUGAUGUUAACAAACAAUCAGAAGAUGGAUGCACUACUUUAAUGAUGUCUGUUAGGGUUGGAGACAUAGACACUGCCAAAUUACUUUUAGAUAAAAAUGCUGAUGUCAGUGUGAAAAACCUUAAAAAUGAAACAGCCCUUGGUUUGGCUUGUAUAAAUGGACACAUGAAAAUACUGAAAUUACUUCUAAAUUAUGAAGCCGACAUUGAUCAAAGCAUUGAUGCUAAUAGCAACACAGCACUUAUGAUAGCAUCACAAAAUGGGAACUGGGAAAUGGUUGAACUACUUUUAAAAUAUAAAGCAAACAUUGAUGCACAAAAUAAUGAUAUGGAAACAACACUUAUAAUAGCAGUAGAAAAUGUAAAACUAAAAAUAGUUCGAAAACUUCUAGAUUGUAAAGCUGAUGUAAAUAUAAAAAACAGAAAAGGUGAAACUAGUUUGUUGAUAGCAUCUGGUACUGGAAACCUAAAAAUAGUUCAAUCGCUCUUACACCACCAAGCUAAUGUUAAUGAGAAAGACAAUAAAUGUGUUACUCCACUAAUGAGAGCAUAUUUAAAAGGGCACUAUGAAAUAGUUCAACUACUUUUAGAUAAUCAGUGUGAUGUUAACAAACAAUCAGAAGAUGGAUGUACUACUUUAAUGAUGUCAGUUAGGGUUGGAGACAUAGACACUGCCAAAUUACUUUUAGAUAAAAAUGCUGAUGUCAGUGUGAAAAACCUUAAAAAUGAAACAGCCCUUGGUUUGGCUUGUAUAAAUGGACACAUGGAAAUACUGAAAUUACUUCUAAAUUAUAAAGCCGACAUUGAUCAAAGCAUUGAUGCUAAUAGCAACACAGCGCUUAUGAUAGCAUCACAAAAUGGGAACUGGGAAAUGGUUGAACUACUUUUAAAAUAUAAAGCAAACAUUGAUAAAACUAAUGAUGAUAUGGAAACAGCACUUAUGAUAGCAGUAAAAAAUGAACAUCUAAUAAUAGUUCAACAGUUGCUACAUUGUAAGGCUGAUGUAAACAUAAAAAACAGAAAAGGUAAAACUUGUUUAUUGUUAGCAUCUGCUACUGGAAAUAUAAACUUAGUUCAAAUAUUUUUAGACUACCAAGCUAAAUCCUCAAUCUUUGGUAAGUUUAGAAUAGGGAAAAUAUUAAUGCAAUAUAAAAAUAAUGUCAAUGUAACGUCUUUAAAAAAUGAAACAGCUCUGAUGCUGGCUUCUAAAAAAGGACACAAACAAAUUGUUCAAUUGCUUUUACAUCAUCAUGCUGAUGUGAAUAAAAAAUCGAGCUUAGGUGAAACAGCUUUAAUGAUGGCUUCUCAAAACAAACACUUAAACAUAGUAGAGUUACUUUUACGCCACCAGGCCAGUGUUAAUGAGAAAAACAAGUUUGGGGACACGGCACUCAUGAUCCUCAUAGGAAAAUCGUUUUCUCAAAAUGUUCGUUUUUUAGCAUACAGUUAUACCGAUUAUGAAAUAGAAUAUCAAAAAGAAGGUUGUAUAGAAUUACUACUAGAGCGCCAAGCAGACGUCAAUAAGAGAAACAAUUCUGGUGAGACUUCCCUUAUCAUCGCAACUGAGCUCCAACAAGAACAUGUUGUUGAAAUUCUUUUAAAUUUCAAAGCAGACGUGAAUCUAAAUACAAUAAACGGUUGGACAGCUCUUAUGUUGGCAGCAAAAAAUGUAAGCAGAAAAAUUGUCGAACUGCUUUUGGAAAAUAAAGCAAAAGUUAAUGAAAAAAACCUUAAUGGCUGGACACCAAUAAUGAUUGCAUCUUUUAAAAGUGAUGAAAAUAUUAUUCAACUAUUACUACAUUACAAAGCUGAUAUCAAUGAAAAAGACAGUCAUGGCAUAACAUCUUUGAUGAUCGCUAGUACUAAUGAUCCAGAAAGUUAUUAUCUAAACCAUAAUAAUGUUCUAAAUAUAAUUUUAAAGUUGUCUGUAAAUGUCAAUGAAAAAGACAAAGAUGGCUGGACAGCUCUAAUGUUAGCCUCAGCUAAAAAAAAUAAUCAAAAAGUUGAAUUGCUUUUAGACCAUGGAGCACUUGUGAACGAAACAAAUGUGGAUGGACUAACGGCACUAAUGAUAGCAUGUGCAAAGGGAAACCUAGAAGUAGUCAAACUACUAUUGAACAACAAUGCUCAAGUGGAGGAUAAAUGUUCUGAUGGAUGGACUGCACUGAUGAUAGCUUCAGAAGUAGGAAUCAAUGAAAUUGUUGAAUUACUUUUAGACCACAACGCAAACGUUGAUGAAAUAAAUCAAGAUGGUUUAACUGCUCUUAUGAUAGCUUCUUCAAACGGACACACACAUAUUGUCAAAUUACUUGUCGAUGCCAAGUCUCUGGUGAAUGAAAAAUGUCUGAAUGGUUGGACUUCACUAAUGCUCGCUUCAGAAACAGGACACAUUGAAAUAGUUCACUUGCUUUUAGAUAGCAAUGCCGAUGUAAUGGAACAAAGUCAUGACGGUUGGACUGCAUGUAUGAUAGCUUCAUAUUAUGGACAUAGCUCUGUGGCCAAACUUCUAUUAGAGCGUGGAGGCAAUGCUGUUCAACUCAAAGAAGGUUGUCUAUUAAAGUCAAGGAAACUUCAAAAAAAGAGUGAAGAUAUUUUAUUAAAAUUCAACCAAUUUAUACAAAUUUGUGUCGAAUGCAGCAGUUACACAUUAUCAAUGAUUAAAAACUACAAAAUUCAAGAUGAUGAAUUAGCCAGAUAUAAGCAUUACUCAAGGCCUCAACUUGCCUUAGCUGACAUAGAAGAGAGCACCUGGUCGCAGGCGGAUUCAGAACGAGACAGCUGUAGGUCACUCACGAAGGACGCGGAAUAUACAUUUGACACCGCAAGAAAAUCCGCUGCCGAGUACAAACAGAGAUGGCGAAAAGAAAGUCUGAAAAGGCGUCAACUUUCCUUACAUGACAUAGAAGAGAGCACCCUGUUGCAUGCGACCUCAGAACGAGACAGACGUAGUUCACUCUCGAUGGCCACGGAGUACCCAUUUGAGACCGAAACAAAAUCCGCUGCCGAGGACAAACGCGGACGGCGAAAAGAAAAUCUGAAAUGAAGGUCCGAAUUGCACAUGCGUUCAUCUUUGGGACAUAGUAUUAAUCAUACUGUUUAUGCAGGGUACAAACAGAAUUUUAAUGUUUCUACAUCAAGUCUUGAUGAUACUUGUAUUAAUAAUAGUUCUUCUGAAUAAUCUCAGAAUUAUUCUGUUGUUGAGAAAUUUCAUUAAAGUUGUUUUUAGUGGUAAGGAAUUAGAAGUAUUAUUAUACGUUCUAUUACUGCAAAGCAUCUAAAGCAUCUGCAUUUGAUUCUACUUUUAAUAAACAAUUAUUACCGCUACUCCAGAUGAGCUUCAGCUCUAUAUUUCUUUUUAAAUCAUGUCAAAGUUUAAGGUGUAUUUAAGCAACAAAAUAUCAAUCUUAAAAGUCAAGAUACAGAGUGAAUCAUUAUAAGAGCUGUAAAAGGUAAUAAAUGUACAUUUAAAAUAUUAUUGAUUACGAUUUGUUUCUGCUAGUCAAUUUUUCAUGUGUUCCUUUAGAGAUAAAGUAAUUUUAUUCUAGUCAUGGCCCUAUGUCUUCCUUGUAUUGGUGAAUGAAUAAAAUUGUAUAACUUAUCUUAUCUUAUAUGAUACAGACGUUACUUCAAAAAAUGAGGAUGAUUACGUCCUACGCGUCAUGCAUUCAGUCAUGCAUAUUAACCAAUGACUUAAAUUCUGCCAAGUCACUGGUUUUCCUGGCUCUAAUGCACAAGUGAAGAAGAAGCAUUUAUACACAUUUGUCCUAGCAUAUGGAAUGAGGAAUGUGCCUUUAUCUUUGUGUCUAUCGAAGUAUUUUAUUAAAUUUUGUUUUUGUAUUUGAAGAUUAUGGCUCAGUGCUUUAUGUAUAAUUGCUACUUUACUUUUAAGUCUUCUAUCCUGAAUGCUUUCUAACUUUAGUGAUUUUUCUAAAGGUGUUACUCUAGUCAAAUGUGAAUAUUCGUUUGUUAUGAAUCUCACUGCUCUAUUUUGUGUCUGUUUCAGUUUCUUAAUGUUUUCUUGAGUUGAGGGUUCCCAAACGGAGGAUGCAUAUUCUAUUAUUGGCCGAAUCAAGGUUAAAUAACAUUUUAGUUUUAUGUUCUUAUUUGAUUUAUAGAAAUUUGUUUUAAUAAACCCUAAUGCUUUGUUUGAUUUUUUUGUAGUUUUAUGAAUAAAGGGAAAAAAGGU